GCCGUAUGAUACCAGUGACUGCCUCCCGCCAUAGAGGUUUGGGCUUGGCUUUCCAUUGCAGUCCGUGCCAGUUCCACGCCGCAAACGCCAGUCCGAUGAAGACAAAUGUAAAGCUUCAGCGCUUCAGCCUUCAAACCAUGACAUCCGAGUCUGCACCUGAGCCGGUCCCAGCGUCCUGCAGGCGAGACAUUACCAAUGCUAAGCGGCCCGAUACCGCAUACACCGUGUACGAAGAAGGCGAUGCUGCCGCAACCAAGUCCAACUCUAUUUAUUCAUGUCCUGCUUUCUACGGUCCUCGAGCUAUCGGUCUUACCGCUGUGACUGUUUCGACCAUGCCUUUGUCCCCCCAGUUCAUGGAAGACGUCUGGGUGCGGAGGCAUGUCUAUAUAUCGUACACAUCGUCGGAUUCUCACCUAAUAUUGUCUAGGUCGUUCUCCGCAGCUGGCCAUACAUUACUAGUCUACGACUAUCUCCUAACUUUCAGAGAAGAAUUCGUCUACAUCUGGAAGGCCCCCUGGACGGUUAUCAAAAUCGUGUUUCUUCUCAGCAGGUAUGGAAACCUUAUUGGACAGACUGCCAUCCGGCUGGAAGAGGCUGGUCUCCUUGCACAUAAUUCUCAAAAGUUCUGUCAAGGGUUUUCAAUUUUCACCACUUGCUUCAUGCUUGUGUCCAUCCAAUCGAUCCACAUCCUCGUGCUCCUGCGUGCAUGGGCUAUCUGGGGAACUCGAAGGCGUGUGAUGAUGAGCUUCGCCUGGAGCUACGUGGGCUGCAUUGUUGUGCUGGUGGCUAGCGCAGUGUACGGUUUAUACGCCGGUGAUAUUCAAUUUCAGUUCCUCGACGUGGCUCAGGUUUGCGUGGCGACAGGGCCUAAAUAUGUGUGGUCAAUCUACGUUGGAAGCUUUAUCCUUGAUGCAGUACUCUUCGUCUUAACGAUGCGAAGUCUCCGGAUAUAUUCUAGGGAAUUUCAGCAACUCUACCCGUCUAGUCUCCUCCAUGUACUCGUUCGAGACGCGACCUUAUUUUUCAUCGCUAGUAUGUUCAUUAAUGCAUUGACCGUUAUCUCUUGGACUGCAUUCAGGACCCAUCCAACAUAUUUCCUUGGUAAAGGGUUCGCGACUCCGUUACUUUCGGUAGCUGGUCAGCGCCUAGUCCUGAACCUUCGGAGUCUUCAAACGCGUUCCUACGAAACUCGCGACCUCAGCCGUGAAGUGGACCGGCAACUACAAGCAUUUGCUGAAGUAGACCUGGAUGAUGUAGAAGAGCUGGAAGGUGUGCGAGAGUAGGGUGGUUGUUCUGUACCAAUAUCGACUGAACACAGACGACCCUUUGUGCUCGCUUUGUUUCUAGAAUUUCCUUUACGUUUCCUAUGCCCCUUUUAAAUAUCCGUGUAUAUCCAGUAUCAGGUGUAUCCUUCAGUCGGACUGACUAUCUCUGACUGACUAACUUGUAGCUAGUCUGCCUUGUAAUUCUUCUGUAGUUCUUCUACUAUCUUCUAUAUAGUGGCGAUUCGAUGGUCGCGGACCAGUCUACCAUACUUUUAUACCACGAGAAAAUA